AUGCUGAAAAUAAAGAAAAUUGCUGCAAUUUUCCUUGCUAUGUGUACUGCAUGCAUUGCUAGUACCGGAGUUUUGGAUCCCAUGCAACAUGAUAUACAGAUUUUGACCUCUUCAAAUUUUGAUACUAUGCUUAGUAAGCUUCGUAAAAAUUAUGUUGUCACUGUCUUUUUUUACAGUUCUAAUAAUAAGGAUAGUGUGAGUAAUUUAUUGGGUUGGUACAAUACUGCUGCAAAGGAACUUAAGGGUAUUAUUAAAGUUACAGCUAUAGACUGUACAGAAUUUAAAAAAUUUUGUGAGAAACAGGGUUAUCUUGAUAAAUUAAUAAUAUACCCAGUUUUACCAAUUCCAAAUUUUGAAUAUAUUGGUGAUAAAAAUGAGAAAUCUUUUAAAAAUCAAGUUUUAAGGUUUGUACCCAAAGAUAAAGUUACUACAUUGAGUUCUGUAAAUGAUAAGGAAGCAAAGUUAGUGAAAAUUGAAGAAUUUUUAACUAUACAUAUUUCAGUACCUAAAGUUUUAAUAUUUAGUGAAAAAUCAACUCCUCCAGUUAUAAUACAUGCACUAGCAAAUGAGUUUGACAAGAAAUUGUUAUUUGGUUUUAUCCCAAAUUGCUCUACUAAUGAAAAUUCCAUAAGUAUUUCGAAAAAAUAUAAAAUAAACAAAUUUCCUCAUAUUAUGGUAUAUAAAAGUGAAUUUAAGAAACCUGAAGUUUACAAGGGUAAAAUUGAAUUUGCAUCAUUAUUUGAAUAUUUAAAUGUAUAUGCAGAGACUUUUGUGAUGGGAGGUGGCUUUUCAGAUCAUGAUGGAUCACAAAGUGCAUUGGCUAGACCAUGGCUUGAACAAAGUAUUCCUGAAUUAACAGGGUUGUCAUAUGGGGAUAUUUGUAGUAAGCAUAAGACGUUCUGUGUAAUUUAUCUUAAGAAUGGAGAAGAACUUACAAGUGAUGAACAAACUAUGCUAGAGGAAUUAAAGGAAUUAUUUACACCCCAUAUAUCUGGUAGAGGUACUAAUUUUAGGUGGAUGUGGAUGGAUGUUUCAAUUGAAACUGAAUUUUACAAAUUAUUUAAGGGAAAUGAUGAUCAAAUUAAAUUGCCUUCAGCUGUAAUCCUUGGAACAAACAAGAGAUUGAAGUUUACUUUACUUCCAAGAGAUCUUGAAGGAGAAUUACAAAUAGCUAAUAAAGAUACUAUUAAAGAUUUAUUAGAUAAGGUUAUGGGUGGGGAUGCUCGUUUUAUUAAUAUCCCAGGACAGAAAUUACCAACCUUUACAAAACGUGCAGCAAAUGGUUCUAGAAUAUCAAAUCAUAAAGAUGAGUUAUAA